CUUGUGUGAUAACGGGCAGGGGUUCCAGCCAAUCAGAAUAUAGAUUUUUAGGUGUUAUGUAAAAAAAAAAAAAGUGGGUAAAGUGGGUAGAUCGGUGUAUGUCUACUGUACUGCGGCCAUUGCAAAGAUGCAUCCAGACCUGUCUCCGCACCUGCACACCGAAGAAUGCAACGUGUUCAUUAAUCUGCUGAAGCAAUGUCACCUAGACAACAAAUUUAUGAAAUAUUUUGGACAGUGCAAUGAUUUUGACCGAGAGAUGAGAAAGUGCCUAAGGAAAGAGUCUGAGGGCAAGAGAGCGGAAAGCCGUGCAAGAUCAGAAAGGGUUAAAGAGAAGCUGUUAGAUGCCACUAAGGUGGAGCUGUGACAGACGCCCCUCACUUGCCAGUUGCCAAACAACCAGGGAACUGCUAUACUGAAACCGCACCAAGAACGCUUUGUAUUUAUUGAACUGCCAAAAUAAAACUGCUUUCUUGUUUUUUUUUAGAGAGAGUUUUUACAUAUUUC